AUGUACGCCUUCGAUACCUCAGAUGCCCUAAGCACCCUACAGGAUGACUAUCACCCAUCGGCCAAGCGCCAGCAUCUCGACCAUGACCCCUACCAGGACCAGGAUAUGUACUCCGAGCAGGAGCCGGUAGCCAUCCCAUAUCGUGGAGAGCAUGACGUUUCUGCCGAUGGCAAGCCGGUGCGUAUGCUCCUAGUCCGCAACCUGAAGGAGUCGAUUACCGAAUCGCUAUUUGCGAAAGGUCUCGACAAGCUCAGUGUUGACGCUAGUACCACAAACAAGGACGAUCCACCCAUCGGUGCAUCCGCAGGCUCAUUACGCCGUGUGCUCAUUGUCCGUGAUCGCCAGAGCGAGAAGAGUAUGCAGUACGGAUUCGCAGAGUACCAUCACGUCUCCGAUGCCACUGCUGCUCUUGCGAAAGCCGAAGAGCUUGGUGAGAAGUGUACUAUCGGGUCGAAAGUCAUCGAGGUCUGCUUUCCACACCUCGCAAUCUUCCCUCAGGCAGAUACUUAUCUCGAAGGUCGCGACGAGUCGGAAAUGUAUACCAUCGAGCUUCCCAAUACAGGCACCCGACAUAAGUACUAUGUUGAGCGGUAUUACGUGACUGAGCUGAUGGUCAACGCCGUCGCGCCGUAUCGAGAGCCCAGUCCACCUCAGGCGCCCACACCCGAAGCCAGUAGCGAAGCUGUCUCAGCCACGCGCGAAAGUAGUCCUGCCAAGAAUGUUGGGGCUGGCGAUGUGACAGUACAAGGUACCACGCUCGAUGGAAGAGAGAAAAGCAAGAAGCGCAAAGCACCAGGUGCAGUUGCUCCUGCGUUUCUACAGCACUGGCAGAACAAAGCUGCCGAGCUCAGAGAAGAAGGUCAGAAAUUGCAGGUUGCGAAGGAGAAGGAGCAGGGCGAGAAAGGCAGCAAGAUUCCUGCGUCUGGGGUCAAUGCUAUCUCUGCACCAAGGAUCGACCAACAGCAGACCUUCUCGAUAGAUACUACGAAGCUGAAAUGCUGCUAUCUCUGCGCUGGCCAGUUCCAAACACUCGAAGGUCUACAGCGUCACCUCAAGGAGAGUCCAAAGCAUGCGGACAAUCUGAAAAGCGAUCAAGCUACGACUCGUGGCUACGAGCGUCUGAACAAAGCCAAUGUUAGCCCAGCUUCGACCAUCAAACUUCUUCUACCCCCACCUGAGUCAGCACCCGCCGUCAUGACCACCACCGAGCAGACCGUCUCGGCAUACCGCGAUCGCGCCGCCGAACGUCGUGAAGCAGAAGGUGGAAGCGGAGGCAAAGGCAGUAUGCCCAAGUUCUCCCUCAAAACCAAAUCCAACCCAACCCGCACCUCCUCCCCCUCAACCUCAGACACCGAGUCAACCACCAAGCCCACCUACGGCAAAGGCCUAGGUAUGCUGCAAAAAGCCGGCUGGGCUCCUGGAUCCGGACUCGGAUCUGGUGGCGAGGGGAUCGCGGCGCCGAUUGAACAGAGCUUGUAUGCGGCUGGUAUUGGGCUUGGACAUGAGGGGAGUAAGAAGGGGGAUGCGGUGCUGGAGGCGCAGAGGUUGACGAAGGGGGAUGGGAGGGAAGGGUUUCUGGAGAUGACGAGGGAGGUUGCUAGGCAGAGGUUUGAGAGGAUGGGGUGA